AUGGGAAAGAUCACCUUCUUUGAAGACCGUGGCUUCCAGGGCCGUUACUAUGAGUGUAGCAGUGACCACUCCAACCUUCAAUCUUACUUCAGUCGCUGCAACUCUGUACGGGUUGACAGUGGCAACUGGAUGAUCUAUGAGCAGCCCAAUUAUGCAGGGUGCCAGUACUACCUGCGAAGGGGCGAGUAUCCCGACUACCAGGAGUGGAUGGGCUUCAACGACUCCAUCAGAUCCUGCCGCAUCAUCCCUCAUACUGGAUCCCACAGAAUCAGAAUCUAUGAGAGGGAAGACUACCGGGGCCAGAUGGUAGAGCUCAGUGAAGACUGCUCUUCCCUCCAAGACCGCCUCCAUUUCCACGAGAUUAACUCCCUCAAUGUGUUAGAGGGUUGCUGGAUUCUUUAUGAGCUGCCCAACUACAGAGGAAGACAGUAUCUGCUGAGACCCGGAGAAUACAGGAGAUUCCAAGAUUGGGGGGCUAUGAGUGCCAAGGUGGGCUCUUUGAGAAGGGUCAUGGAUUUGUACUAA